AAGGGGCGGCGCGCACUCGCGUCCGAUCCGCCCUGUCGCAAUGGCCCCGCUUCCCCUGGCGCCCUCCCGGCCGGGCGCUCGUUGAGCUGGGAUCUUGCUGUGCCUCUGAUCUCCCCGAGGGCCCGCUCCGCUCCCCUCCCCUCCUACUCCCUCCCUCUCCCCCCCUUCCCCCUCUCCCCGAAAUCGGCCCGGAAUGGACGACUCCACAGCUCACAGUUUUCACGAUGCCGAGUGUUCUCUGGCCGACGGGGCCGAGCGGGAUUCGCGCCUCUCGGCCGUCGAGCGGCGGCUGCAGCAACAGGACAACGAGCUGACGGUGGUGAAGGCGGCCCUGGCAGACGCCCUGCGGCGCCUCGCCUUCUACGACCGGCACUUCGGCCGCGUACAAGAUGGAGGUGCUGUAUUUACGUCCCCCCUGGGUCUGACAGACCAGAUGAUGGUCAGCUAUGACCAGACGCAGACGCAGACGCCCGUUCCAGAGUUGUCUCUCGCUCUCCAUGGCAGCCCCAGCAGUGCCUCUGCCAGGCAGAGCAGCUACCCGGGGACGGAAGCCGUACCCUGUGUCCCCGCUCUCUACCCGGGGGUCCAGGCUCUGGCCAGCAGUCCCAAGGCCCCCGCGGAUCCUCCCCUUCCGGCCCUGCCCCGGGAUGAGGCCUGUCUGGGCCCAGACCAGCCUGCCAGCUCAGAGACGGAGUCGGGCGGAAGUGAGGAGCCCCGGGCAGAAGACAGGCCUGGACUGAAGCCCCUAGACGAGGCAGGCUCGGGUGGAUCGCUGCCUGCUCAGGCCCUGGAGGCCGGCCCGGAAGAUGCAGUGUCCCAGCCGGGCAUCCCUGACCCCGGCCGGCCGGACCCGCCCGAGCCCGAGGCCGCCCAGGGCCCGGGAAGGGCAGCGGCCUGCCUGGGACACAGAGUGGUGCCCGUCCCCGAGGAAGAACCGGGGUCCCUGCUGCCGGAUCUCGGACGAUCACCGCUCGACAACGCCGGCAAGAAGACCGUCCUGCUAAGGCGCUGCAGCACGUCGGAUAAACUGCGGGGGCCGCGGGACGGGGCGGCGGGCGAGAACCACAGGCCCAGGCUGGCCAAGAAGUCGGCGUCCUCGCAGAGCCUGCUGAGCAAGGGCAGGAAAGCGGACGGUCGGAACAAGGAACCGCCCCAGAGCCCAGUGACCACAUCCCGCCGUGGAUUCUACAAUCAGGAGGGCGUUUCCAUCAAGGUGUUUCUGCGGGGACGGCCCAUCACCAUGUACGUCCCACUCCAGUUCCCCAACUACGACGAGCUGAGGAUGGAACUACCAGCCGAGAAACUCAAACUGGACUGGGUUUACGGUUACCGCGGCCGAGAUUCGCGGGACAACCUGCACCUCCUGCCGUCGGGCGAGGUGGUGUACUUCAUCGCCUGCGUCGUGGUCCUCUACAGCAUCGAAGAUCAGACUCAGCGCCACUACCUCAAGCACACUGACUGCGUCCGCUGCCUGGCUGUCCACCCGGACGGAGUGCGCAUCGCUUCUGGUCAAGCCGCAGGAGUGGACAAGGACGGCAAGCCACUCCUGCCGUGUGUGCACAUCUGGGACUCGGUCACCCUCCAAACACUACAGCACAUCGGACUGGGCAGCUUCGAGCGAGGAGUUGGGUCCCUCGCCUUCUCCAAGGCCGACAAAGGAGCCUUCCUGUGUGUCAUCGACGACUCAAGCGAGCACCUGAUGUCCGUGUGGGACUGUACCCGCGGAACGAGACAGGCCGAGACCAAGGCCACCAACGAGGCGGUGCUGCAGGUGGAGUUCAAUCCGACAGAUUCCUCCUGCAUCGUGUCCUGCGGCAAGUCGCACGUCUACUUCUGGACCUGGAGCGGGUCCAGCCUCACCAAGAAGCAGGGGAUCUUCGGGAAGUACAAGAAGCCAAAGUUCAUCCAGUGUUUCGUGUUCAUGCGGACCGGCGAGGUGCUGACUGGCGACUCUGAGGGGAACAUCCUGGUGUGGGGCAAGGCAGCGGCCGACAUCAAAACUCUGGGCAAGGGGGCGAAAGAGACCUAUCAGAUCGCCCGCCAGGUCAGGGCCCACGAGGGCAGCAUCUUCACCCUGUGCAUCCGCGGCGACGGUGCCCUGCUGAGUGGGGGCGGCAAGGACCGGAAGGUCAUCCUGUGGGGGGAGAACCUCAGCCCCCAGGGCGAGACCGAGGUCCCGGAGUGCUUUGGGGCGGUGAGGACGUUACUGGAGGCUCCAGCUGGGCAGCUGCUAAUCGGAACCACGAAGAAUGCCAUCCUGAGCGGGGGUCUGGAGCAGCCCCUCAGCCCCAUCGUACAGGGUCAUACGGACGAGCUGUGGGGAUUGGCCACCCACCCGUUCCACGACCUGUUCCUCACCUGCGCGCACGACAGGCAGGUGUGUGUGUGGAACCACGAGCAACACACACUGGCCUGGAGCAGGACGCUGGAGGGGACGGGGCUUUGUGCCAGCUUUCACGGCAGUGGCUCGGUGGUAGUGGUCGGACUCCAGGACGGAAGGUGGGUGGUGUUGGACUGCCAGACAAAGGAGGACGUGUGGACUUCAGUCGAUGGUAACGAGCAGCUGUCAGUGGUCCGGUACUCCCCAGACGGGAACUUCCUGGCGGUGGGCUCCCACGACAACUAUAUUUACCUGCACACCGUGAGCGACAGCGGCCGGAAGUACUCCCGCUACGGCAGGUGUACGGGCCAUUCCAGCUUCAUCACUCACCUCGACUGGUCUCAGGACAGCCGGUUCAUCAUGUCGAACUCCGGAGACUACGAGAUCCUCUACUGGGACAUCGCAGCGGGCUGUAAACUCAUCAGGAACCGUUACGAGUGCAAGGACCUGGAGUGGGUCUCGUACACCUGCGUCCUGGGCUUCCACGUCUUCGGGGUCUGGCCGGACGGCUCCGACGGGACGGACAUCAACGCCUUGUGCCGCUCCCACAACGAGCGGCUGGUGGCCGUGGCCGAUGAUUUCUGCAAGGUUCACCUCUUCCAGUACCCGUGCUCCAAGGCCAAGGCUCCCAGUCACGUGUACAGCGGCCACGGCAGCCACGUCACCAACGUGUGCUUCACCCAUAACGACACCCACCUCAUCUCGACGGGCGGCAAGGACACGACGGUGAUGCAGUGGCGGGUGCUGAACGGCGGCCUGGAGCGCAGCACGUCCAUCUCUUCUGCCUCUGCCUCCUCGCUGGAUAUCGCCACGGGCAGCAACACCUGAGGGGCUCAGGCUGGGUGGUGGGGGGUGGGUGUGACUGCCCUGCUGUCUGUAUCUAAUCUCAACCUUCCCUCUCCGCUCCCCCCCUUCUCUUUCACCUUGUGCCCUUUUGCCUGCCCCACUCUCACCAGCUCUAACCCGCCCAACUCCCUCCUGCCUCUGGCACCCCGACCGGCAACAGCGGGGGCAGGAUGGAUUUCAAUCGUCUGCAGUACUUGGCUUUGCCCAUGCAGGGCUUCCUGCUGCUCUCCAGCCCUCUCACUCUUUUCUUGUUCUCUGCUUGAAAGGGUUAGGGAAGCCCUCUCUGACAAUAACACCCCCUCCCCCCCCGUGUCCUGGGGCUCGAAGACAGCUGGACAGCUGCGUGUGUGUGUAUGGGUCAGCCUGGCGGGGCGCUUAGAAAUGACCAGGCAGGGCCCAGCCUGGGCAGCGUGCCAGCCGUGGUGGCUGCAGAGAGUUUACACAGAGCCCCAGGCCUAUUAACAUCUAACUAACAGGACUGGCGGGCGGUCGGCCAGGUGCCCCCAACCAUUCAACCGAGCCUCUUCCCCUUUUCCACCCCCUUCCUUUCCAGUCCCCAUGAAGAGUCUCAGCCCUGAACGGUGACUGCUCAUCGAUGCUGCCUGACCUGCUGAAUUCCUCCACCAUUGUGAGUGUGUGUUGCUCAGGAACUGACCCGAUUUCCCCCUAAACCACCCUGGACCCUGAAGACCCAGGGCGACUGGCUGUCCUCCGGAGUAUCAGGAAGCAGUCCGCCACACUGCAAAACAUUCCUCGACGUCUUUUUUGUUGUUGUCUAACAAAAGAAAAGUCCUGAUUCUUACCAGGUUGUCAUUUAUGUUUUAAUUAAAGUGCUUUGUUCUGGGAGGUAUUUUUUUAUAUAUGGGAAUUAGGACACUGACGUGUCACAAGGAACAGAGCACAGUACACAGAGACUAAAUGAUUGUAAACUGCACAGAAUAUGUAUUUUUUUUUGUUUUCGGUUUUUAAAAUUUUAAAUAAAUCUGACUUUAACAAUAUUUGG